GGUUGUUUUGGAUUUCUUUGGACCACGUGGAGGCAAGAGCUAACUUUCUUGUGGCUCGGCUUUAGCUGCACAGUGUCCUCUGCACGGCAAGUGAACGCAACGAGCCGCUUUCCUCCUCCGUCUACCCGGUGUUUACAGAGAUGUCAGCGGGAGGUCAGACCACCAGGAGCCGGGAAAUCCCGGCCGUCAGACGGGUCGCCAUCCACGAUGCAGCUCACAUGCCCCAGGACUACUCCACGACGCCCGGAGGCACUCUGUUCAGCACCACGCCAGGAGGUACCAGAAUCAUCUACGACAGGAAGUUCCUGCUGCAGUGUCGGACGUCUCCUCUGACUCGUACGCCUCCCAACCUACCUGACAUCCCAGGAGUCACCAGGCCGCUCAAACCCAAUGACUCCACAGACACAAGCCAGCCCGAACCUAAUAAUAACACUGACCACAGCCUGCACACGGAAGAGAGCGCAGGAGAAGAUGCCCAGUUUGAAAUGGACAUCUGAAGGGAAUCAGCUUCAAGGAUAAAAAUAAUUCUUAACAUGUUCCUUGUUUUUGUUUACUGGGAUAAAUCAGUUGAAAUGAGAAGCUUUGUCUUACUAAGCUGUGUAGCCUUCUUUCAGAUUUUUUUCUGAAAACAAAUCUUUUUUUUUUCUUUUUUUUUUUGUAAAACCUAAUAUGUGUUAAAAUGUUGUGCUGUUAUAAAGCAACACUAACUGAUGCCUGAAAGUGUUUUCUCACUUUGAUGGCGCCAGUCUUUGUAUGGCCUGUGACGUAUUUGACAAGCAAGUCAACAUUUAAACCAUGAAUAUUUUAUGAUUUGACUCUUCUGGUGACUUUGAAAAAGUCAUAAUAUUGUUCAGUGUGUUACAAAUAAAAGUUUCAAGUCUCAGUUG